AUGAUGUGGGCGUUCGCGCGGGCCGACCGCCGGAAGCCCGUCUUCGCGGCCAAGGUCGGCCUGGCGCUCGCCCUCAUCUCCUUCCUCGUCUUCCUCCGCGAGCCGCGCGACAUCGUCAGCCACUCCGUCUGGGCCAUCCUCACCGUCGUCGUCGUCUUCGAGUUCAGCAUCGGUGCAACAUUGAGCAAAGGUUUCAAUAGGGGUUUAGGAACUCUUACUGCAGGAGGGCUUGCUCUAGCAGUUGCCGAAUUGUCCAAAAACUUGGGUGCAUUGGAAGAAGUGAUCCUUAUUAUAAGCAUCUUUACUGUUGGUUUUAUCACAAACUUGGCAAAGCUACACCCAACGAUGAAGCCUUAUGAAUAUGGAUUUCGUGUAUUCUUGUUGACAUUCGUUUAUGUCAUGGUCUCUGGGUACAAUACAGGGAAGUUCACUGAUACGGCUGUAAGUAGAUUUGUAUUGAUUGCUCUUGGUGCUGCUGUCAGUCUGGGAAUCAAUAUAGGCAUUCACCCAAUCUGGUCUGGAGAGGAUUUGCACAAUUUGAUCGCAAAGAAUUUUGCUGGUGUUGCAAAAUCCUUAGAAGGCUGUGUCGAUGGAUAUCUGAAAUGCAUGGAGUAUGAAAGGAUUCCUUCAAAAAUUCUUGUAUAUCAAGCUUCUGAUGAUCCUCUAUAUAGUGGGUACAGGGCAGCUGUCGAGGCGUCAGCGCAAGAGGAAACCCUGCUAGGUUUUGCUAUAUGGGAACCGCCCCAUGGUCCGUACAAAACGAGGAACUAUCCUUGGAAGGGUUUCACUAAAGUUGGUGGAGCAUUGAGGCACUGUUCCUUUGCGGUUAUGGCAUUGCAUGGUUGCAUUCUUUCAGAAAUUCAGGCACCGCCAGAAAGCAGAAGGGUUUUCAUUUCAGAAAUUCAUAGAGUGGGCAGAGAAGGCGCUAAGGUGUUGCGCGAGCUUGGAGACAAUGUGAAGACAAUGACCAAGUUGAGGUCUUCAGAUAUUCUACUGGAAGUUCAUUUGGCAGCUGAGGAGUUGCAAAAAAAGAUUGACGAGAAGUCAUAUCUUCUGGUGAACACUGAAAGAUGGGACACUAGCAAGCGAGCUGAAGGAAUAAAAGAUGCCAUAAAUGGCAACAGCGCGGCGGCAAAAGAGAAUAAGAAUGAAGUGACGGAGCCUACUAUUGCCGAUCAAACUGCGGCUCAGCAUUAUAAGAGCUUUGCUGCUGCUUCGUUUCUUAGCCGAUAUGAUUCAUCAGCAACUAUAGACGGCUACAAGACGCUACUAUCCUGGCCUGCACGCAGAUCAUUCCAUCCAAACUUGCCGCUCGAAGACGAGGAGUCAAAAACAUAUGAAAGUGCAAGUGCCUUGUCCUUGGCCACAUUUGCCUCGCUCCUAAUCGAGUUUGUUGCCCGGUUACAGAAUGUUGUUAACGCAUUUGAGGAGCUGAGUGAGAAGGCUAAUUUCAAGGACCCUGUGGAGGAGCCUGUUGCAGUUAGCAUAGAUAAUGGCGGGCUUCUCGCUAAAAUAUGCAAGUCUGUUGGGCUGAAGAGUUGA